AUGGGGAUGUCAAUAAGGUUUUCCAGAAAGACGCAUGACUCUCCGCGUUUAUUCGCGCCUGGCCGAGUCUCGGAUGGAUCUCAGCACUACUCGCCAACUUCCUUGACUCAUCUUGUGAGUUACAGGCUUUGCUUGAAGCGCUACUCUCCGUGCAUUCCGAGUUCUAGCGCUAUUACUUUGGCUUCCAACUUCUUUUCCGGCAGUGCGCACACCCUUCCAUAUAUUCUUUCAGAAUACUGGCGAGUACGGCGCAUGGAAUCGUUAGAACUUCCAACGAAGGCCGCCAGCGCCCAGGCAAUAGGAAGCGUUAAUUCUGCUUGCUACUUCAUCGCCAUGACGCAGUUUAUCAGUGCAAUCGUGUUCCUUCAAUAUGUCAAAUUUUACUCGCUACAAACUUCUCGCCAAUCGCAAUUGUCGUAUCGCUUGGGAACUGCUGGAAUAUUGCUUCAUUUAGGCCAAGUUGUGGUAGAUCUAUGGAGUAUCUUUCACUCUUUUCAGUAUUACGCAAGUGGGAAGCCAUACACGUAUUUCCUCUACGAGGCCUUACAAACUGCCUUUUCAGUAGGUAUUAUACUGGUUGUUCAGUAUCAUUUUUUCCAGGUUGCGCAUGCCACGUCCGCCCUUUCGAAGCAUUGGGCGAUUCCGCUUGGCAUCAUUUACCUCGGAGCUUGCGUAGCUGGCUUGGGAGCGGCUUUUGAAUUUUUCGGGCACUUCCGCCACAGCGGGUUCAGCUCAGCUACUCCGCUUGUCCUUCGCGGUAAACUGCUAUCCUUCUACGUGAUUUGGCUAAGUUGCAAUGGGAUUGCAGAUAGUGCAAUCACCUUCGCUAUGGUCAAAGCUUUGUAUCAAGGUCGAGGAUUAGCACGGCACAAAUCAUUAAGAAGCACCCUUAGAAGGCUAUUGAGUGUUAUCAUCAAUACUUUCUUCUUGACAUAUCUGGCAGCCAAUCUUUCUCUCCUAGCGGCAAUAUUACCACGCAUAAUACCCAAUUUUUCCAUUAAAGCAGAAGUGGUGUGCCAGACGGUCGGAGUUUUCUUAAAUGGGCUGCUAUCAAGGAUCUAUCUGAUAUCUUUUUUCUGCAGCUUUCAGGAAGCCUCGUACUUUGGACCACAACAGUAUGACUCUUGCGUAGCUUCCUUAAGAUAUAUCAGCAGCAUCGGAAGCCGGAAUUCAUCCGGCAUCAAAUUAUCGACAUUUCCUGGCAAGAAAUAUCCUUCAAGGCGGCAACAGAACAGAGCGCGGGUGCAAGUCACACGUCAAGUGGAAAUUGUGGUUGAUGAAACUUGA